CCAGAGCGAAAAGGGUACUUAUUGAGAGAGAGAGAGAGAGAGGGAGGGAGGUAAUUUGUUGUGGACAGGGGCCAGGAGCGAGAGGGUGGAAAGCCGGAGGCAAAAUGAACGAAGACGCCAAGAGGAUCAACGCGGGAGGUCUGUUGAUCAAGUCUCCGAUCUCAGACGAUUUGAUUCCCUCUUCGGUUGCGGCAACUCCUCCCCCUGAUAAGCGCGUCAUUAUCAAGAGCGCCGACAUGCUCCCCGACGUGCAGAAAGAGGCCAUCGACACCGCCAUCGCCGCAUUUGAGAAGCACGGUGUGGAGAAGGACGUUGCGGAGCACAUUAAGAAGGAGUUCGACAAGCGGCAUGGCUCCACCUGGCACUGCAUCGUUGGUCGUAACUUUGGUUCCUAUGUGACUCAUGAAACAAACCACUUCAUCUAUUUCUAUUUGGAUCAGAAGGCUGUUUUGCUAUUCAAGUCUGGAUGAUUGUCAUCAUGACGUACAUUAUGAUGGCGAUAACGAUCCGGACAAAUGUGUGAUUAGGACACUGUAAUUAGAACCUGUUUGUAUUUAAUUGAAAACACUAGCAUGCAAACCUUUUCAGGACAUUCCUAUGUUCAACUUGUAUAUUCUGUAUAACUUCAAUUGGCUUUGAACUUUGGAUAGCAGGCAGGUUCUCAACUCGAGUGCAAUUCGACGCUUCUGUGAAACAUGGAAUUAGUGCAUUGGGUAUCAAAGCUUAUCUAUGUUUAA